UCUGAAUUUGUAACAACCACCACCCGUCUCUUUCAUUUUCUUCAUAAAACUAAAAAAAACCCUCCAAACCCUCCGUUCAAUCCAAAAUGGGAGCAGCUCUCAAGAGAAACUCUACUAUUUCCCAGCUUUUACAGUCGGACAACAAGAAAUUCACCGACUUUUUUACAGACCCAGUUGCCAGAAUCCACCAAUACACGCUUAAAAACCAAGCGCAGUUCAGAGAUUACAACAAGUUCCCUCAUUUUUGGAGGAAAUCCGUGAGGGAAUACAAUGAGGUCUCUCCUUCUGUGUUUUCUUCCGCCUUUUCUCCGUUUAGUUCUGGAACGGCGUCGUUGUCCUCCAAGGCGGGGUUCGUGAGGUGGUACUUGGGGAUGGUGAAGUCACGGCCUGUGCUUACUAAGAGUAUCACCUGCGCGCUUAUUUAUACCGCGGCUGAUUUGUCGUCUCAGACUCUUUCAUCUUCAAACCCUUUCGAUUUGGUGAGGACAUUACGUAUGGCUGGAUAUGGGAUGAUAGUUUUAGGACCCUCAUUACAUUUUUGGUUCAACUUCGUGUCGAAAGUCUUUCCUAAGCGAGAUCUAAUAACCACACUGAAGAAAAUUGCCAUGGGACAGUUACUUUAUGGACCUUUUAUGACAGUCGUUUUCUUAUCCGUGAAUGCAGGUCUGCAAGGUGAGAAUGGGGAAGAGAUUGUUGCUCGAUUAAAACGAGACUUGCUUCCUACCAUGAUAAAUGGCGUCAUGUACUGGCCCUUAUGUGAUUUUAUCACAUUCAGAUUCAUCCCUGUUCAUUUACAGCCCUUGGUGAGCAAUUCAUUUUCAUAUCUAUGGACUAUCUAUAUUACAUACAUGGCAAGCCUCGACAAAGCUGGCUCAGCUCCUAGCUGAUUGAAAUAGCCUCAAGAUCAAGAUUUACUUGGAAUAGCUGGUGGUUGCAUGCAGUCUUAUAUGCAUAAUCUUUUUCACCGUCAUCACGGGUUGGCAUUUGGCAAUUGUAAUAUCUGCAUCAGAAGCUAGGUUAAAGCAGAAAUUUAUGAGCUCAAUCCAUUUCUGAUAUAGAUCAUGCUGCAACCAUUUUUUCCAAUUUAUUAAUUAAUUUUUUUAAGAACAACAUUUACUUUGAAAUAAUGCAAAUGGACAAAUAUCAAAAGGUUGUAAAGUAGUUGGGUAAUAGUGUUUUAGAAAUUUAAUCUGAAAGUUACUCAAGUAUUGUUCUACUUUUCUUCACCAAAGACAUUCCAGGGUUCUAUAAUAGACAUCAUUUUCAUGUUAAAA